GACUACUCUGCCGGAGGUAAGAGCGGGGACUCGACCGGCGUAGGCCCGCGGCCUGGCUCUGCAGCUGGUGGGCUCCAGUCUGACCCCUUUGACUCGAUCUGACCUAGUCUGGCCCGCCCGGGCUCAGCGGAUGCUGGGCCGAGGCUCCAGAUGGAAAUCAUAUGACAUACAAUACUUGGGUGACAUCUGCUUGAAAGAUCAUCAAGAAUUACAGAAGACAAAAAUACUAAUGCAUUUGAGAAAGCAGUAAAGUUGGGAGGGUGGGGGAAGAAACAACUGCUUUCCUGAUCUGCAACUUGGCUGGAUGCUAAGAUGUCCGUGGACAUGAAUAGCCAGGGUUCUGACAGCAAUGAAGAAGACUAUGAUCCAAAUUGUGAGGAAGAGGAAGAAGAGGAGGAUGAGGACCCUGGGGACAUAGAGGACUAUUAUGUGGGAGUAGCCAGUGAUGUGGAGCAACAGGGGGCGGAUGCCUUUGAUCCAGAGGAGUACCAGUUCACCUGCUUGACCUACAAGGAAUCCGAGAGUGCCCUCAACGACCACAUGACCAGCUUAGCCUCUGUCCUAAAGGUAUCUCAUUCAGUUGCUAAACUUAUAUUAGUUAAUUUCCACUGGCAAGUCUCAGAGAUAUUGGACAGAUACAAGUCCAACUCUGCUCAACUGCUUGUUGAAGCUCGAGUUCAGCCUAAUCCAUCAAAACAUGUCCCCGCAGCCCAUCCCUCUCACCAUUGUGCAGUGUGUAUGCAGUUUGUGCGCAAGGAAAACCUACUCUCUCUGGCCUGUCAACACCAGUUUUGCCGCAGCUGCUGGGAGCAGCAUUGCUCAGUACUUGUCAAGGAUGGCGUGGGUGUGGGAGUCUCUUGUAUGGCUCAGGAUUGUCUACUCCGUACACCAGAGGACUUUGUGUUUCCAUUGCUUCCCAAUGAAGAAUUGAGAGACAAAUACAGGCGCUACCUCUUCAGGGACUAUGUGGAGAGUCAUUACCAGCUCCAACUGUGCCCUGGUGCAGACUGCCCCAUGGUUAUUCGGGUACAGGAGCCUAGAGCUCGUCGAGUACAGUGCAAUCGGUGCAACGAGGUUUUCUGUUUCAAGUGUCGUCAGAUGUAUCACGCCCCCACAGACUGCGCCACAAUCCGGAAAUGGCUCACGAAGUGUGCGGACGACUCUGAAACAGCCAACUACAUUAGUGCUCACACUAAAGAUUGUCCCAAGUGCAACAUCUGCAUUGAGAAGAAUGGAGGCUGCAAUCACAUGCAAUGCUCUAAAUGUAAACACGAUUUCUGCUGGAUGUGUCUAGGGGAUUGGAAGACUCAUGGCAGUGAGUACUAUGAGUGCAGCCGUUACAAGGAGAAUCCUGACAUUGUCAAUCAGAGCCAGCAAGCCCAGGCCAGGGAAGCCCUCAAGAAGUACUUAUUCUACUUUGAGAGGUGGGAAAAUCACAACAAAAGCUUGCAGCUAGAGGCACAGACAUACCAGCGGAUUCAUGAGAAGAUUCAGGAGAGGGUCAUGAACAACCUGGGGACAUGGAUCGACUGGCAGUACCUACAGAAUGCUGCCAAGCUCUUGGCCAAGUGUCGAUACACUCUGCAAUAUACCUACCCAUAUGCAUACUACAUGGAGUCUGGACCCAGGAAGAAACUGUCUACAGGCCCUGCCCCAGCUACAGCCCCUUUACCUUUUGAUCCUCCUGCUGUACCUAUACAGUUUGAAUACCAGCAGGCUCAGCUAGAGGCUGAAAUCGAAAAUCUCUCAUGGAAAGUGGAACGUGCUGACAGCUAUGACAGAGGGGAUUUGGAGAACCAGAUGCACAUAGCAGAACAGCGGCGGAGAACUCUACUGAAGGAUUUCCAUGACACCUAGUUGUGACAUGGGUGUGCUGGGGUGAGAAAGAUGUGGCUGCAAGGUCUCCCAGCGGCCAUACUGCAUGCUGCAGGCUCUGCCUUUCACCACCCCAGGCAACAGCCAGGGCCCCACUCCUGAGAGACACUGGCAACACCUCUUAGUUGAUUCUGUUUUCUUCUCAUCUUUUCACUUUUCAUUUCUACCAGGGUAAAGGCCAUGUUGAAUUGGCCUCUUUUCAGGACUUUUAAUUUCCCCCUGGAUGGUUGUUGGGAGGGAGGGAGAGUUUUUUCUGAAUGGCUAUGAAUAGUGUUAGAUCAUUACAACUUAUGUAAUUUUCAAAGGUUGUACAAUUAUACAAAAAAAGGCAAAACAUAGGAUAACACAGAGCCCUUUUAAAAAAUAAAUUGGCAUCGGAGUGUUUUA